GGUUUGCAGCAGACGCACUUUUUAGAUUGAAGAUCUGCAGGACAAAGAACGAACCGAGAACGAAGCAGAACCAGGACUCGGAGAUGGACCGGGGUCAGAACCAGAGUCAAAUGAACAAAUCUGAAAAAUCGGAGAUGGACCGGGGUCAGAACCAGGACUCUGAGAUGGACCGGGGUCAGAACCAGGACUCGGAGAUGGACCGGAGUCAGAACCAGGACUCGGAGAUGGACCGGGGUCAGAACCAGGACUCGGAGAUGGACCGGGGUCAGAACCAGGACUCGGAGAUGGACCGGGGUCAGAACCAGGACUCGUCCAGCAUCAGGACCAAAGCGGGAUCUUCCUCUGCUGGUCUGCAGAAACAUAAAGGCAAAGGGAGACUCACAAGUUAUCACUGUGAUCACUGCAAGAAAGUCCUCACCACUUCAUCAGGUCUGAGAAUACAUAAGAGGAUUCACACUGGAGAUAAACCGUUCACUUGUGAUCAGUGUGGAGCUGCUUUUACCACAUUAGGUAAUCUACGGACUCACCAACGUAUUCACACUGGAGAUAAACUGUUCACUUGUGAUCAGUGUGGAGCAGCUUUUACCAGACGAGAUGGUCUAAUCAUUCACCAACGUCUUCACACUGGAGAUAAACCGUUCAGUUGUGAUCAGUGUGGAGCAGCUUUUACCACAUCAAGUAAUCUAAAGAAACACCAACGUAUUCACACUGGAGAUAAACCGUUCAGAUGUGAUCAGUGUGGAGCAGCUUUUACUGAGUCAGGUAGUUUAAGGAAGCACCAACGUAUUCAUACUGGUAAUAAACCGUUCAGAUGUGAUCAGUGUGGAGCAGCUUUUACCCAACAAGGUCACCUAAAGACUCACCAACGUAUUCACACUGGAGAUAAACCGUUCACUUGUAAUCAGUGUGGAGCAGCUUUUACCACAUCAGGUAGUUUAAGGGAUCACCAACGUAUUCACACUGGAGAUAAACCGUUCAGAUGUGAUCAGUGUGGAGCAGCUUUUUCCAGACGAAAUACUCUAAUGACUCACCAACGUAUUCACACUGGAAAUAAACCGUUCCGAUGUGAUCAGUGUGGAGCAGCUUUUACCACAUCAAGUCACCUAUCGAAACACCAACGUAUUCACACUGGACAUAAACCGUUCACUUGUGAUCAGUGUGAGGCAGCUUUUACCACAUCAGGUAGUUUAAGGAAUCACCAACGUAUUCACACUGGACAUAAACCGUUCAGAUGUGAUCAGUGUGGAGCAGCUUUUACCAGACGAGAUACUCUAAUGGCUCACCAACGUAUUCACACUGGACAUAAACCGUUCAGAUGUGAUCAGUGUGGAGCAGCUUUUAAUGAAUCAAGUAACCUAAAGAGACACCAACGUACUCACACUGGAGAUAAACCGUUCAGAUGUGAUCAGUGUGGAGCAGCUUUUAACAGAUCAAGUAACCUAAAGAGACACCAACGUACUCACACGAGUGAUAAACUCUAAAGAUGUGAUCAGUAUGAAGUGUGAAAUUGCAAAAAACACCUCAGCACAAAAAGCUAAAUAAUCAAACAUCACACUGAAACUCGAAAUACCAACAUAUGAUGCCCCCUGGACACCUCCUGGGAGGGUGUUCCUGGCAUGUCCCACCAGGAGAAGAUCCAGGACACACCGGAGGGAAUCUCUUUUGGCUGACCUGGGAACGUCUCAGGAUCCCUCCAGAAGAGCUGGAGGAAAUGUGUGCAGUCUGGGCAUCUCUGCUCAGACUGCUGCCCCUGCUAACCAGUCCCACAUCAAGUGGAUGAAAAUGGAUGGAUGGACAAAAGCCAUAUAUCUGCAAAAAGCACACAUUUAUUGUUACACCAUACUGAGAUACAGAAUGUAUUCUAGCUAUUGCAUUAAAUAUUCCACAAAUACUGCAUUAGCGCAUCUCUAACAUCUGUGUUCCUCCUCUCCACCCCGAGCCACUGCCACCACUGGCUGAAGUGGUGCUGCUGCAGGAACAUCCUAUGAUGUUUCAUAAGUCUUUCCAUGACUUUCACACAAAUUAUGCAGUGGACAGGAAAUCAUCACCAUUAAUUUCACCAGUCGGACAUCACAGAAGGCAACCUGCUGAAUUCCUCUUCCCCAACCAAUCGUGCGCGGUUGACUUUGUGCUUAAACGCAGGCUGUUCUGCUGUCAGUUGUCCAGUGUCAUGGAAUGGUUUCAAGAGCCAGUCCUGCAAAGGAUAAAUAGUCUCCAAGAAUGAAAUACCCAGCAGUCACUGUAUAUUCCUGAUGUGAGCAAGGAAGAUAUUUCUCCGACUGGCUAACUCCUGUGUAUACUUCAUUAGCACAUCUCUAACAUCUCUGCCUUCCUCCUCUACACCCCGAGCCACUGCCACCACUGGCUGAAGUGGUGCUGCUGCAGGAACAUCCUAUGAUGUUUCAUAAGUCUUUCCAUGACUUUCACACAGAUUAUGCAGUGGACAGGAAAUCAUCAUCAUCAUCACCAUCACCACCACCAUGCGUGCGUGCGUGCGUGCGUGCGUGCGUGCGUGCGUGCGUGCGUGCGUGCGUGCGCAAUUAAUCAACCGUUUGUCCAUGAGAGCUGAACUUUCAGGAUCGAUUCCUCGAAUGCUUUGCUAUAGUUACAUUUCUUGAUAUUUCUUGAUAUUUGGAUGUUAAAUCCACUGUUUUUGGCAAUUUCUGUGGAACUGCAACAAUCUCACACGUAAACGUAUAAAGGUAGGUGCACAAAGAUGUAACCUGUCAAUCACAAUGUCAGCCUUGAUUCUGUUAGAGGAACCUGCUGAUGCAGGAUCAGGAGCGAGUCUUCAGGGACCAUGUAGACCUGCUGGUCCAGGACUAAGACUGGACCAUCACCUGGUUUAGGUACCAAGAGGAUCCUUCUGGAUCGUUGACCUGAACUGGACCAGCUGCUCCGGUUCACACCAACAUGAUGCUUUCAGCGGGAGCUGCUGACAGGUCGGACAUCUCAGUCACCAUGACGACCGUAUGGGACGACUACUCGAGAUAAAAGCAAGAUCCUAAAAUAUCAAUAACUGUGUCUGAACAAACAUUAAAGAACCAUUUCUCAAAAGUUGUCUUUUUAGAAUAAAACUA